AUGAUCAAUCAUAGUAACGGCCAGAAGAAAACUGGUUACGUAAAGAUUCAGCAAAGGGAUUCUUUUGAAGAAGAAACAAUUGACUUUGAUUCUCCACCGGCACAAUCACUACAAACCACCAAACCUUACUAUAGAAGUAAUAGUGAUAAUAUUAACAGUUACAGCCGAAAAAAGAAGCGGCCACUUCUUUUUCCCUUUCAGGAAUCUCGUAUUCUAACAGAACAAGAAUCUCCCCGAGACAACAUUUACACACACUCGACGAUGGAACCAUUAAAUGAAAACGGUGAAGCGAUAUAUAGCAUUUCGGCGCCAGAAAGAAGUGCUACAGCUGAAAGAAAAAGAAAAAAUUUGGACGAGUAUGAUUUCGUAUCGAUUUUUAAACCCAUUGCUUCGCUCAAGGAUUGGCAGCCCACCUUGAUGCCCCUUACAGCUGAUCACAAGCCUCCGAUGAAUACAGAACAGUUUCUGGAGAUUGUCGAAUCUGUGAAAACUGCAAUUUCAUCUGGAUAUCCGCCUCAACGUAUUAGUCAAGGUUCCUCAGGAUCCUAUUUUUGUCGUGACAAGGAAGGAAGGAUCGUCGGUGUUUUUAAGCCAAAAAAUGAAGAGCCAUAUGGCAAUUUAAAUCCUAAAUGGACCAAAUGGAUUCAUCGUAAUUUAUUUCCUUGUUUCUUUGGAAGAAGUUGCUUGAUUCCAAAUCUCGGAUAUAUCUCAGAGGCAGGAGCAUUUCUGCUCGAUCAACGUCUACAAUUACAUAUAGUCCCGUUCACUAAAGUGACGCAUUUAUCAUCGCCAAGUUUUCAUUACGACUAUUUGGAUCGUCAUGCUGCGAAAUCAAAAAAAAAUCCAAAACCAUUGCCUGAAAAAAUCGGCAGUUUUCAAGUAUUUCUUGAAGGAUACAAAGACGCCAAUGUGUUUUUGAGGGAUCAUCCAUGGCCAGAAAAUGAUAGUCAAAGUAAUCUUAUGAGAGCAAUGAGCCAAGAAAUUGAGAACGAGCCAGAGCGACAACAACAUAGUCGCUUGAACGCGCUAAUGUGCCUAAGUAAUAAUAGGUUAGAAGGUGGUGAUGAAUCAGAAGAAUCUUAUCCGUUGGGAAGGCGUUUUGCUUGGACCCAGGCUUUACAGGAUCAAUUUAGGGAGCAGUUUGAAAAAUUAAUUAUUUUGGAUUAUUUAAUGAGAAAUACUGAUCGUGGAUUAGAUAACUGGAUGAUUAAAUAUUGCGAAAAACCUGAGAACAUUAACGUUGCACUCUCACCUCCUAAACCCGUGAAUAUGAUGUCAAUGAAAAAAUCAGAAAAUUCAGAUAGUGAAAAUACGCCUUUGAAUACACCUAGUUGUGAUAUUUUUGACAUUAUAAGCACAUCACCAUCCACAUUUCCAGAAAUAACAGAUGCAAAAUUGGAUAACAAUAAUGACAACAUUAAUAAUGGAACCAAUACACCUUUACAAUCGAAAACAAAUCCAGCAUCCACAAAUGCAGACAAUGAAUCCUUAAAUUCAGCGAAUAAGUCGCCGUCGUCGUCGUCUUGCAGUCAAAAGUCAUUUUCCACUCCAUAUCCCCAUGUCCAUGUAGCAGCCAUUGACAACGGUUUAGCUUUCCCGUUCAAGCAUCCCGAUUCAUGGAGAUCUUAUCCUUAUGGAUGGCUAUAUUUACCGACAAGUCUAAUUGGUAGACCUUUUACUCAAAAAACAAGGAAUCACUUCCUUCCUCUUCUCAGUGAUCCUCAAUGGUGGAAAGAAACAGUCAACGAACUGCGAGUAUUAUUUCAAAUGGAUGCUGACUUUGACGAAGGAAUGUUUCAGAAACAAGUCUCGGUUCUAAAAGGCCAAGGCUGCAAUAUAAUCGAAGCAUUAACACAACUAGAUCAAGGUCCAAUAGAUCUUUAUCGAAAACAAAAUGUUGUGAUUGUUUUAGACGAAGAGACAGUCGAUGAUGAUAACGAUGAAAUUAUGCCAAGUUCUGUAGAUGAUUAUGUAAGCCAUAAUAAUGCUGCUGGAAUUCCUGCUGUUAAUAAUGCGAUUGGAGGAGAACCUGUCUCGGAGCGAUUUGAUAUUCCUCCUUCACCAAAAAUAAGGCGAAGUAUGUCAGAAGAUAGUGGCUCUAUACAAAGACCUUCGGCUGCUGUUAGUGCUGCCGGAAAGUCUUCAUUAACUGCUGCCUCGUCGAUGAGCCAAAAAUGGGCAGCGAAACUGAAAAGCAAGUUAAAUUUUGAUUUUGAUUCAAAACACGGUGAUGGUGAAAGGAGAAAGAAAAAAAUUGUUCGUGAACGAUUAGAUACUGUUAAAGGAGCGGUUCCUUUUUUCACUUGUUGCUAA